ACAGUUCUCUGCUCAGCGAUGGCUACGCAGACAGCAGAGCUCCAGCCCUUCAUCUCUGAAUGUGUGUCUCACACCUCCCGGUGCUGAGCUCUGAGGCUCCCAGUGACCUCUUGGUAAUCAGCCUUGGCUGGGUCCAAAUCCCCACCCCUUGGAAAAGUCACGGAGCCUGACGUCUGCCUGUGAGCCGCUUUCAGCAAAGACCUCACAAGCAGCUACUCAAUCUCUUGGUAGCAAAUUGCCAAACCAGGCCCGUUUCCUCAAAAGAUGGUAGAGGACUUAGCAGCUUCCUAUGUUGCUCUGAAAUUGGAGAAUGAAAUUCUGCAGGCUCAAGUGAAGAGGCUCACGGAAGAAAAUGCUGCCCUCCAGGCCCAGAUACCAGAGCUCCAGAAAUCCGGAGCAGCCAAGGAGCAUGAACCACCCCGAAAGCCCUCAGAGGCCCAAGAGCUCCCAGAGUCCCCAGAGCUACUGGAACUUCCAGCAGCCAGGGCUUCACAAAACCCCUGGGAACCCCCAGCAACCACAGAGCCCAGGGAGCCCACAAAGAUCAGAGAGCCCAGGGAACCCUCAGCCAUUAGCAAGCUCAGGGGACCCCCAGAGAUCAAGGAGCCCAGGGAACCUUCAACCAUUAGAAAGCCCAGGAGCCCUUCAGAGAUCAAGGAGCCCAGGGAACUUUCAGCCAUCAGAGACUUCAUGGGAAUCCCAGAGAUCCAGGAGCCCCAGGAGCCCCAGGAGCCCCAGGAGCCCCAAGAGACCAAUGAGUCUGGAGGACCCUCAGCCAUCACAGAGUUCAGGGGAUCCCCAGAGAUCAAGAAGUCCCAUUCAUCCCCAAAGUUCAAGGAGUGCUGGGGACUCCAGGAGUUUCCUAAGGUCAAGGAGUCCUGGGAGCCCCCAGAGUCCCUGGAUUCCACAACAGCCUGGGGACUCCAAGAGCUUUCAAAGUACAAGAAGGCUCACAAACCCCCAGAGCUUCAGGAUCUCGCAGCCUGGAACCCUGCAACAGUCAAGGAACACCAGGAGAUCCAGAAGGCUCUGGAGUCCCCAGCAACCCAGAAGCCCCAGGCAUCCCCAAGGGGUUAUGAUCUCCCAGCAGUCGGUGAGGCGGAGCCCACAGACAACCAGGGUACCCCAGCCCUCAAGGAGCUCCAGAAUUCACAGCUCCACAACCCUACAAAUGAUGCGGAGCCUCAGACGGUUCCAGAACACCAGGAGACCUCAUCACAGCCUGAGCCCCUUGAGCAUCCAGCUACCCAGGAGACUCUGGAGCCUCAGGUGCUCCAGGAGCCCCUUGACCCCUCAGAUGCCAAGGAGUUCCUAGAACUCUCAGUACCUGAAGAGUCCCUAGAGGGCCUAAUAGUUGUGAGAACAGGAACAGAACAGGCUCACCAUGAAAUAGAGGCUCCAACUUUGCCCCUAGAGUACCCUUUGGCCUUCAGUGAGGAUUUUCAGAAACUCUCUGAGUUUUUAGUUCAGUUGAACAGUUACCUAAGAACCAGAGGGUAUCCCACUGAAGCAGCUCUCGUGAGCUUUGUUGGCAGCUUCUUCUCAGGUGAGGCAGGAAGGUUGUUCCAGCCCUUAUUAGAUAGCCAAACCUCCCUGCUGGAGCAAUUUGAACGGCUCCUGCGAGCGCUUCAAGAUACUUUUGACAAUCCAGACAGUUUGGAAGUUGCUAACCAGGGCCUCCCUCAGCUUCGCCAAGGAGAAGGCCUUGCUCCCAGAUACUCAACCCGUUUCCACCUCAUUGCUCAAGAGUUAAAUUUGGGUGAAAGCACACUCUGCAUCCAAUUUCAAGAAGAGCUUGCCAGUUCUAUUCAAAACGAACUGUCUUGCAUAAGUCCAGUCACCAACCUAUCUGAUGUGACCAUUGAGUGUGUCACUCUAGAAGAGAAGGCAAGUGGUGGGGCUGAUUCCAGUUCAUCAUCCUCUGAAGAGGAAAAUGGGUCCGAGAGUCCACCCACUGAAAACCAGCCUGUUCAAGCUACAAGUAAUCGCCCUCAUCUCAGUGAGGCUGAACGGGCCAGACGCCGCGAAGGUCACUUGUGCCUCUACUGUGGCCAUCCUGGUCAUUUUGCCAGAGACUGCCCUGUUAAGCCUCAGCGUGCCCAGCAGGCGGGAAACAUGGAGGCCCGGCGGUAAGGGGGAUCCCGGGCGGGCCAAUCUAUAAAUACGCGUCCCCCUCUCUUCCCAUAUCUAUGUCCCGUACCCUAUGGCUAACUGUUGAGAUUAGGCUUGGAAGACGGCAGUUCUUUGAACAAGCAAUGGUGGAUUCAGGCUCCUACAGAAACAGCAUCGACCGCUCUGUGGUUCUUCGAGAGAAGAUACCAAUCCGCAAUAACAUCUUCCCUCUCAUGCUCGAAACUGUCGAUGGGCGUCCACUGAUUAAUGGACCCAUAACCAAAGAAACGCCACCUGUUGAAGUCAAAAUUGGAAAUCACGUUGAAGAGCUCCAGUUUGACAUUAUUCAUGCACCACGCUACCCUCUGAUUCUUGGAAUCCAUUGGCUUGAGACACAUGACCCGAACAUCGAGUGGAGUACCCGAACUGUGUCCUUUCCAUCGCAUUAUUGUCAUUACAAUUGUUUCAGGAACAGGUGGAAUCGAAGACGGCGUGAUGAAAUAAUUGCUGGUUAGAUGGUGGGUCCUAGUGACUUCUGACCAUCUGCCUUCUGUUACCUCAGCUGUCAUCAGCAUUUGCUGCUCUCUGAAUCUUCCAGUGAACCUCUGGCUAUGAAAGAAGGCUACCUGUACAACGACGCUGCCUCUUGGAUGAUGGACUGAACCUGACGACUUUGAGCUGCUUUUCCCCACCAACCUUGCAUGCCUCCCUCUUUGAACCCUACAUUAUGUAGGGCUGUUUUUUUUUUAAUCACAAUUCACACUAACAAUAUGCAUGCAAAUAGAUAUUAGAAACUAAUACUGAAAAGUGUAGCUGUUAGAUUGAUUUUGUUUUUUUUAACCAAAAUUUAUCACAUAUUUCUGUCUUUUUUUUCAAUAAAAGCAAUUUUCAAGUAAUAUUUUAAGUAAUCAAUAAACAAUGGAAACUUUUA